GUUUUUAUUUAAAUUUCGUUAUCUAAGACUGGGUUUUAUUGUUUGUAAAUAUGGUUCAUUAUAAAUCUAAUAUUUUUUAUUAAAAAGUUUUUUUUAUAGUGUUUAAGAUUGUAAUAAUGUUAUUUACUAAAUAUGAGUGAGUGCGUGGUACGAAAUGUUUUCCUUAAUUUGGAACAGUUUUUGCAGAAGGUGGCGGCUCUCGACAUUUUCGAAGCCCUCAUCUUCAACUACAAGAUAAAGUCGAGUGACUGGUUGGAGCCGUCGGCACUGCACUUCGGAAGCUCGGUGGCAGAGUUCUCCAAGCAGCUGGAAGAGACGCUGCGUGUGUUCUACGCGCAGCGCCUGGAGCAGCUGCAGCAGGGGCAGCCGGCGGCGCGGGAGGCGCUCGGAGCAGAGGGCACGGCCGGCGCCCAGCACGCCCAGCUCGCCCAGACCUACACCUGCGAGCUGUGCUCCAGGAAGUUCCAGUCGGUGGCAAAGCUCUCGGCGCACAUCUCCCGGAGCCACCGGCACAGAGGGAGCAGCAGAUGUGACAUCUGUGAGCUGCAGCUGUCCUCGCCCGGCGAGCUGCUGUCGCACAACCAGACCGUCCACGACUCGGCCCAGCAGCUCUCCGGGGACGACUUCCCGUCGCUGCCGUUCCUGUGCUGUCGCACAUGUCUGUCCGCGCACAAGACGCUGCAAGGCUUCACCGCGCACACGUGCUCGCAGGCUCCCGGGACCGCGGGGGAGGCCAGGGGCGCCGGGCAGCAGCUGGUCGCCAGCACGGACCACCUGAGGGCGCUGCGCAAGUACCGCUGCGGGCUGUGCCGGGAGGAGUACCGCAGCCAGGCCCGCAUGCUGUACCACCUGGAGCGCUGUCGCCAGGGCCCGUACCUGUGCGAGCUGUGCGCCCACCAGUUCCCCUCCAAGAAGGAGCUCAACCUGCACAAGAAGAAGGCCCACAGGGGAGCCAAGUGCUUCUUCUGCGACGAGUGCUCUCUGGCGUUCAAGCUGCUCACCUCGCUGCAGAAGCACAAAGUGAACAGACACGAGAGCGAGCAAGGCUCCUACCCGUGCGAUCAGUGCAGCCAACACUUCACCAAGAAAAUACACCUCACCAACCACAAGAUACGGAUGCACAAGAUGGACCGGAAGUUCCUUUGCCAGGUUUGUGGCCACAAGUUCACCAACUCCAACAGCUUGAACACUCACCUGAAAACACAUUCGGAAAAAAAGAGGUUCAAAUGUUCCUACUGCAAGAAGCUGUUCCGGCAGAAAGAGAAACUGAAGUAUCACACACGAAUACACACAGGGGAGAAGCCUCACGUCUGUCAGACGUGCGGCAAGAGCUUCAUACGCAAGUCGCAACUGCACGACCACGCGCUGCGCCACCAGGGCAAGAAGCGCCACAGCUGCGCGGACUGCAACAAGACCUACGCCGGUCUCUGGGACCUCAAGCAGCACAUCAGGAAGAAGCACUCAGCACCGACAGAGCCCGUGGCCACGGAGGCAGGCUCCCAGCCGUGCGGGGACGUGGAGGAACAGCCCGCGGCGACCACUGCGACCACUGCCACCUCCGAGGCGUGCGAAGGAGGGAAGCCGGCCGCUGCUCUGUGCACGAUGCAGAGCACGGUGCUAGGUGCGUGCGAGGUGUCGGUGCCCAAGCUGUUGCCCGUGGUGCAGCUGGGGGAGGUGAUACAGGCCGACCACACCACCGCGGACAACUCCAAGUACAUAGUGUACCUGGGGGCCAUGCAGCCCCUCGCCAGCGACACCCUGCAGCUGAUCGACCUGCAGCUGCUGAGCCAGCCCACCUACGUGCUGGCCUGCGCCUCCGGCCUGGACCUCCCCACCAUCACCUAUUAGCAGCACCAUCGUGCUGUACAUCCCCACCAUCACCUAUUAGCAGCACCAUGAACAACCAGUCGUGCUGUACAUUCCCACCAUCACCUAUUAGCAGCACCAUGAACAACCAGUCGUGCUGUACAUCCCCACCAUCACCUAUUAGCAGCACCAUGAACAACCAGUCGUGCUUUACAUUCCCACCAUCACCUAUUAGCAGCACCAUGAACAACCAGUCGUGCUGUACAUCCCCACCAUCACCUAUUAGCAGCACCAUGAACAACCAGUCGUGCUGUAGAUCCCCACCAUCACCUAUUAGCAGCACCAUGAACAACCAGUCGUGCUUUACAUUCCCACCAUCACCUAUUAGCAGCACCAUGGACAACCAGUCAUGCUUUACAUUCCCACCAUCACCUAUUAGCAGCACCAUGAACAACCAGUCGUGCUGUAGAUCCCCACCAUCACCUAUUAGCAGCACCAUGAACAACCAGUCGUGCUGUAGAUCCCCACCAUCACCUAUUAGCAGCACCAUGAACAACCAGUCGUUCUUUACAUUCCCACCAUCACCUAUUAGCAGCACCAUGAACAACCAGUCGUGCUGUAGAUCCCCACCAUCACCUAUUAGCAGCACCAUGAACAACCAGUCGUGCUUUACAUUCCCACCAUCACCUAUUAGCAGCACCAUGAACAACCAGUCGUGCUGUAGAUCCCCACCAUCACCUAUUAGCAGCACCAUGAACAACCAGUCGUGCUUUACAUUCCCACCAUCACCUAUUAGCAGCACCAUGAACAACCAGUCGUGCUGUAGAUCCCCACCAUCACCUAUUAGCAGCACCAUGAACAACCAGUCGUGCUGUAGAUCCCCACCAUCACCUAUUAGCAGCACCAUGAACAACCAGUCGUGCUGUAGAUCCCCACCAUCACCUAUUAGCAGCACCAUGAACAACCAGUCGUGCUGUACAUCCCCACCAUCACCUAUUAGCAGCACCAUGAACAACCAGUCGUGCUUUACAUCCCCACCAUCACCUAUUUUUAGAGUCCUUUAAAAUGAGCAAUUGUGAUAAACUCUAAAAAUAAUACACUUUCUGAUGCUUUGAAGAAAUAAUGCAAUUUUGUCAUUUUUUUUUUCAAUUUUUUUACAAGUUCCUAUAGAAACAAGAUCUCAUUUUAUGAAUGUUACGUUUUCACAACUUUCUUGGCAAAAUAUCUUGAAAUAAGUGCUUUGUAGAGAGAAAAAAAUGCAUAUGAUAAAACUUGUUGCUAAUUUAACUAUAAAAAAAAUGUGUGCGUGUACUUAUGUAGGCGCGUGAGAAGUUAUACUUCUUUGGCAUCAUAAAAAAUAGUUUUUAAUUGUAUGCAAAUAAUUAAUUACAAUACAAUAAAAAAAUGGCUGGAAAAAAAUAGUCAACACAGUUAAUAAAGUUCAGUUUAAAUUUGAAAAAUUAAAUAAAUAAAA